AUGAUUAGUAUAAAAUUAAAUUUUUUAUGUUCUUUAAUAAUUCUGAAAAUUAUUAAUAAUUUUAAUACAAGAAAAAAUAAAAAAUAUUUCUUUUUUCUGUUGUAUUCAUUUAUUAUAUUUUUUUAUUAUGAAAAAUUAACGUUCAUACAAUCUUACCAAAUAAGAAAAGUAAUAGUAUAUAAUAAUGAUUUUGUCAAUCUUAUAAGAAAUGGAAGAAAAAACAAGAAAAACUUCUUUAAAUAUAAAAACAUUUUUGAACUCAUAAGAAAGGGAAAAGAGUUAUAUAUGAAAGAAGAUAGUUCUAAUGAUAUAAUAAAUGUAGAAAAUAAUGAAGUAAGAAAAAAAAGAAAAAAUAACAUCAAUAGCUAUUUCAAUUCUUUACGUUAUAAUGAUGUGUUAAUUAAAUAUAUAGAUGAAAAUGUAAAUUUUAAUGAUGGAAUAAUAAAUUAUUUUGUAUUAAAUUCUAAUCCAAAUAUAAACUUUUUAAUGAGUAAUACAAAAGAAGAAAAAAAAUAUAAUGUAAAUGAAAAAAAGUUAAAUGAUAACAAAGAUAAUAAAGAAAGAGUAUUGAAUGAAAAAAAUAAAUACAGUGAUAGUAUUGAGAAUAAUAGUAUUCAUAAUAAUACGGGAAAAAAAAAAAUACGAUUAAGGCUUAAAAGGGGAUAUAUGAAUGAUAUCUAUGAUAGAGAAAAAAGGAAGUUAAAGGACGUAUUACUCUCUUUAGAGGAUAAAAGCAUAUUUAAAAAAAAUAGCAAUAAAAUAAAAGAAAAUAUAUUAUUAUUAAAUGGGCAAACCGUAAAAACAGAAGUAAUAAAGCAGUAUUUAUUUCAUAAGUUAAGAUUAGAAUAUUAUGAAAGCAUAAGAGACCAAAAAAAAAUUUUAACUUUAGACAUGUGGUCAAAAGAAAUUAAUGUAUCUGUUGAUAAUUUAAAAAAGUUAAUUAUAUACAUUUACAAAAUGAAAAAUUUAGUACAAAAAGAAGAUGAAGAUUUAUUAAUUAAAACAUAUUUUUAUAAUAAAACUAAUAUGUUUACACUUUUUAGAAACAAUAAUACUCAUAAUAAUAUAACAUUUGAUUUUAACAUAACAGAAGAAAAUAUAAAUAAAGAUAAUAAGGAAAAUGAAAAGAAAAAAGAAGGGGAAAAAAAAAAAAAGGUAGAAAAUGAAAUUUAUGAUAAAAAUAAGGAAUUAAAUUCAAAGAAGUAUUGUAGUAAUGCGGAAUCUCAUUCAGGAUAUGAUAAUAACAAGGGAAAUAUGAUCUACAAGAAUUAUAAACAAAUUAAAGAUGCAGAAAUAGAACGAAUAAAUGAAGAAAAAGAAGUAUUACAAGAUAAAGAUAAAAAAAAAACAUAUAACCUUUUUGAUGACAAUUUUGAAGAUACAGAUGCACUUAUUUAUAAUGAUUGUGAAAAUUUAAUAAAUGCACAAGUUCAGAAAUUUAUUGAAUGUAUUAAAGAUAUUGUAUUUUUUGAAAAUUCUAUUUAUAUACUUGAAAAAUUAGAAAAUAGACCACCAUUAAUGGAAGAAUUAAUAUAUGCAUAUAAUUACGAUAAGGAAAAAUUUUCAAAAGACCUAGAAAAUAAAAUAAAAUUAUCUGAAAAAUUACUUAUAUAUUUUAUGCCUCUAAUAAAGAACAUUAUAAGAAAAGCAGAAGCAAAUUUUAGUAGUAAUUUAAGUGAAGAUGAUUUCUUAUUAGUUAGUUUAGAUUCAGUAAAAAAUGGAUUCAAAAAAUAUGAUGUAGAAAAAUUAGGAAUAAAAAAUUUAACUAAAUAUGUUUAUAUAUGGGCAAAAAAUAGUACAUACAAUUAUUACCAAAAGCACAAAUCGUUUGUAUCUAUUUCACCUCAUACAUAUAAUGAUUACAAUAAAAUAAAAAAAUUUGAAGAAUCAUUUUUAGAAAGAAAUGAUAGAAAUCCAAGUAUAAAAGAAAUAAGUGAAGGAUUAAAUAUGCGUAUAGAAAAAAUAGAAAAAGUGCUAUCAUCACAAGUCAAUAUUAUAGAUGCUGAAAAGCCUAUUACUUAUCAUAAUAACAAUUCAUCAAAUCAGGAAAAAAAUACAUAUAAAGAUUUAAUAGUUAAUUCAGAUGAUAUUCAUAGUUUUAAUGAAAUUAUGUACAAUGACAUUGUAAUAAAAGGAUUAAGAAAUUUUAUUUGUAAAUCACUAAAAAAAAAAAUUAAUAAAUUAAUUAUAUUUAUGAAAUUUGGUCUUUUCUUAAAUAAAAAAAUUUAUUCAGAUGAUGAAAUAUGCAAAACUCUUAGAAUUAGCAAAAAAAAAUUUCAGAAGCACUUUGAAGAUUCAAUGAAUGAAAUUAAAAACUUUAUAAAAAAAUUAAAAAAAAAUAAAUCUCAGUUGGACUCUAAGUUUGAUUUCGCUUCUUACAUAAACUUUUCUCAAUAUGAUUUUUUAGGAAAUGAAUUUUCGCAACUAACUAUAUAG